CAAGGUCUGUUGGGACAUUUGCUCGUGCCUUGGACUGCUCAAGUUCUGUCAAACAACCCAGUCUUCAUAUGAGUGCUGCAGCUGCAUCUAGGGACAUAACUCUUUUCCAUGCAAUGGACACAUUGCACAAGCACACCUAUGAUUUGGCAUCUGCUGUAUCAUCUCUAGUCCCAUCAACUGGCCCUGUUCUGUGCCGAGAUGAAAUGGAAGAAUGGUCAGCUUCGGAAGCAAACCUCUUUGAAGAGGCUCUGGACAAAUAUGGGAAAGACUUCAAUGAUAUUAGACAAGAUUUUCUUCCUUGGAAAACACUGAAAAAUAUAAUAGAAUAUUAUUAUAUGUGGAAAACAACUGACCGUUAUGUUCAACAAAAGCGAGUGAAAGCUGUUGAAGCAGAAUCAAAGUUGAAGCAAGUGUACAUUCCCAACUACAGCAACAAACCUAACUCAGCUGUUAUCAACAAUAACAAAGGAAUUGUAAAUGGAAACAGUAAUGGAGAGGUGGCUGUCAGCGGGAAAGCAUGUGAAUCCUGUAAUGUAACAUCUUCAAGCCAGUGGUAUGCUUGGGGCCCAACACAUAUGCAGUGCAAGUUAUGUCAUAACUGCUGGCAGUAUUGGAAGAAAUAUGGUGGCCUUAAAGUACCGUCUAGAAUAGGUGAAGGUGACAGUGAAGUUAAGAAAAAAUCUGGCUCUGGUAAUGUCUCUGAUGAAGACUCUGUAUCAGAAAGGGCACCAUCUAGCCUAGCAUCACAUAGACCACAUCGAUGCAGUAUUAUUGGCUGUGGAAAGGAAUUUAAGCUGAAGACUCAACUUGCUCGGCAUUAUGCUACAGUGCAUGGUCUUGCAGUGCGAGCAGGCUCGCCACGUCCUAUUAUGAAAACAAGAACAGCUUUCUAUUUGUGCACUACUCCUCUUACACGUAUUUCUCGGCGACUAUGCCGUGCACUUAUGCAAACUAGACACGCUACACGAGCACCAUUUUGGGCAAUCAACGUACCUGCAAUCAAGCAAGAAUGCCAGGUUCAAAUGGCAGGCAAAUCCCUUGCUCAACUUAAAGAGUUGCUUGUCUACCGCAAAAAGGAUAGAGGUAGUGUCACUGCAAUUGCCACAAGGCUUGGUCAGUACAAGGAAACUGUUACUCCAGAGUGGCUCAUCCUAACAGAUAAAGAUAAAAUGCCGAAAGCAGAGGUUGUUGCUUUCCCCAAGCCACCAAGUGCUCCAGAUGGUAGCCUAAUGUAUGAACGUGUACCCAACAAGCCUGAAGCUGAAAAAAUUCCAUUGAAUAACAUGUCUCCUCAUUUGAAACGAAGAGCAAUCGACGAAGUGAAUGGCAUGGAUGACUCGGAUUGGGAAGAAGGUCACCCAGUACCUCAGCAGGGUCCACCACCCAAACGGUCACACAAAGAUCUGGCUAGCCUUGCGCAGCAGGCAGGCCUUAAUCCUAACGCCAUGGUGCCCUUCGCUCCUUACACGGGCCCUCGUCAAAUCAUCAGUCAACUCAAUGGUAAAGCUAGAAUUGCUGUAACUCGAACAGGCUCUGGUGCCAAGCAAGUUCUUUCUUGGAUGGAAGCUCCGGAAGAAGUGCUUUUCCGUUCUACUGAGCAUGUAAAAAAGGUGCGAAGACAAUUAACAACUCCUGAGCUACGGCGGGCCGCACGUAAGCCGUGGAGGAAAUUGAGCGUCAAGGGCCUUGAGGAUAUGGUGGUGGUGCUGGACUGACCCUGGCCUUCCCUCGGCCUCGAGCCAAGCCGACAGGGCUUGCACCACGGUGUAAGCCCUGGUCCUGGCCCGGGGCUGAUCAGACUGAAUGAAAUGGUCUGAAGAGGUCGUCCCCGUCCGCAUCCACCGACUCUAAGCAACGAGUGCGUCCUGGACUUGUGCAAAGCAACGUCUCGUUGUUGUGCUGUGAAAAAACAAACAAAAAAACUUGACUGAUAGGUGCUUUUGUCUUCGUGAAGGAAAAAAGAAACUGAUUGAUCAGAAUUAUCAUCAUCAUUGUCAUUAUUAUUCAUCAUCAUCAUCGUCAUCAUCUUUGUCAGCUCUCCAGGGAGUUGUGAUCUGAAGUAACCCUUAAUUUCUCUUUUUCCUGUCUUUGUGUCCUUCCUUUCGCAAGAUGUUUGUGUGUUUGUGAUGAUAAGAAAUUUACAUAUUCACUUGCCGUGGGACCAAAAGACUGUGAGGCAUUUACAUUUCUGUCUUAACCAGGGCAAGUUUUUCACUUAUGCAUGUAACUUUCCUCUCAAAUGUCUUGCAAAGCAAUAAUGAUAAGUUGCAUCCAAACACCUAUUCUGUUAGGCAGCUGUUAAGUUAAAUAGUAUUCCAAUCUCAAGAUUUAAUGUUGUAUAGUAGUCAAACAAGAAAUAAAUGUCUUUCUGCACAAAAGUUAUUACUAUUUGUCUUCUAUCCUUAAGACAAAGUCUAAUAGGAAAACUGACUUCUGAUCUUUCAAAUGCAUUAUAUUUGUGAUCAUACUGUAUAAAUUUAAUAUUCUAGAUGGAUUGCAUGCUCUCAUGUGGAAAAUGUUUAAAGUAUGUAAAACCUGUUCUUAACAUUGUAGGAACUGGGUACCUGUUUAUGAAAGUGAUAGCUGCAAGCAAAGAGAGAGAGACAGAGACAGAUCUCUUCAAUCUUGUCUUAAAAUGUAUCUGGAAUUGCUCAGAUGCCUAGCUUGUUCAGAUGGCACAAAUGCACUAAAAAGUUAUCAGUGCUUUGUCUAGACAAAAGUCUUGUACCUGUGUAGGUGUGUAUUUGAGAUAAAAUCAAAUUUGAUUUUUUUAUCACUUUGGCCAUUAAACUUCAACUACCUUAUUAAUUUUUGUCACAAACAAAACUAAAACUAUUCAGUUUUUGAGUUUUCCUAAACAUGAUUUUCAUUGGUUUUGAGCAUUAUGAACUUACUUAUUUUAUUUUGUUACCUGCUGGAUGAGAUAAUCAAGGCAUAUUGUCUUUUUAUAUCCCUUUUAAAUGAAUAUUUUAUGAAAGUUAAUUCUACACAAAUGUGGACUGGUUGUGACAUGAGUAAACAUUGUAUUUUAUGACAGGUAAUAAACCUGUGGGAUGAAAAACAAACAAAAGAAACCUGAAGUAAAUUUUAAUAUGCUGGCCUGAGUUGCCAGCCAACUUUCUCAAUCUUUUACAUUGUGUACUUGCCUGCCUCUCAUGUGCUGUUUACAGUGUUAUCUUUUUUGUCAUUGCCAGCGACCAAUUAGAGCAUUGCAGUUCACACAUGCAUCUAGUGAUUAAGGUGAUACGUAAUUUUGCAGUUAUGCUGCUACAGGUUGUCCUAAAGUUGUUUCCGAGUAAAUGUUAUAUUUGAGAGCACCUAUUUCCAUCAAAGUUGGGUGCAAUUUAUGUCAACUGAAUUUUGUUUGAUUCUGGUUUAUUGUUUUGCCUUGUUUAUAAUGUAAUUUAUUCAUUAAUAACAAAUACGAAAAACAGAA